AUGAUGAUGACGCUGGACAAGCUGGACACGGGCAGCAACGGUGGACUGCCGGUGUCGGGCGCGGGACGGCACAGGCGACACGCGGAAAGCAGUACGCCCGAACCGAUGGACGGUUUCUACAUCGACAUCCCGACGCCUUCGACGCGCAGUGUCUCGCCACUGUCGGCGUCCGUGUCACCGGGCAAGGAGAAGUCGUUCAGCUUCUUCAAGAGUGUCUAUCGCAAGAUAAGCCUCAAAUCGAACGACGACGAGCUGGACCAGUUGGGUGUGCACGGUGAUGAGGAUUCGCGCAGCUCGUCCGUUGAUUCCUGUUCGUCGAUCAGUGACCACCGAGAUCAGCCAGCUGGCAAGGAAGGGGAUAGGAAGUUGCAGCUACAGCUCUCCAACCUAGCACUAUCCAGUGCGUCCAGUGAUUCGGGUGUUAGUGGCGCCACGAAACGGGGCGAUGAUGGUGAGGAAGGUGACGACGGUGGUCCGGGCAGUGCUGAGGGUGCCAAGGAAAACCGUCGUAAGUCGAGACGAUCGUCGGUGCUGCGGCUGUUGGAAAGUCUCGCCAUCAAUGCCCCGAUGCGUUCGCGGUCUCUAUCGUGCAGCAACAGCUCGGUGAACAAUCUGCUUCACAUGAAGGGACGUGAGUCACGGGCGGAGUCCAAGUGUUCACUCUUCAGCACUAACAGCGCCAACAAUGGAUCGUCUGGCAAUGGUGGUGAGCGAAUAAGCAAGGAAUCGAGCAAACCACCGCCGAAGAAAAUAUUGCGGCGGCCCGUAUCUUACACCUAUCUGCGAGGAAUCUCCGGUUUGCCGACGCAGCGAGUACCCCGUUCGUCCAUCUGCUGUAGCUACUACGGCCGUUAG